UUUUUUAAACAGAUUGAGAAAUAACAUGUCGAUUUUCAUUUAGAUAUUUUCAGAGUAGGUGUAGGCUUCUUUUCGGUUUGUAAUCGUGCUUAACCAGUAGUCUAAGUAACCUAAUGUCUAUUGGGUGGUUACCAUUUUGUUAGCGAACAAAAAUAAGACAACGGGCAUUGUGGAGAUGCUAUACACCAUCCUAAAAAAAAGAAGCCACAUAAUGUUAGACGAUUGAUUCCAAACGACGACCUCGAAAUGUUUGCUUUACGCAACGUGCCUACAUAGCAACGCUCGGCUCCGCCCAUGUGAAAUGGUUGUGAAAAUGGACCAACCAAAUUCUACUUUAUCCAUAAUGACCAAUAGCAAAAUACCAGGGCGUGCCUCAUUCGUUGUGGAAACUUUACCGGCUCGGGUGCAAAGUUUCAGCCGUCUGCAAAUCAAAGUCUACGCUAACGUUUCUGAAAUAUACCCCAGUCUUUUAAUUUCCCAGUUAGCCGGUUUUGAGGACCCAACAUCGUUUUUUGCUGUAUCUGGAAUUGGAGUCGGUUGUAAAAUCGUACGAUUAUUACGAAUUUUUAACGAGCAUAUACAUAUUUACAAUACGUGAUGGAAUACCAUCAUAUGCUUCCAGUCUCGAUUGGCACGCUACAGAUAGCUACCAGCAUAUUGUAAGCUAACUAGCUAGCUAACUCAGUUAUCUAGCUAAACGAGUGACCAGCGGAGAAAAAUGGCUUGUGAGCCUAAUCGUGUGCGGCUACUAUGCAUGCUUUCAUUGACAUUUGGUUUUUUUAUUGUGGAGGUAGUCGUCAGCCGGAUCACGGCAUCUUUGGCAAUGCUGUCGGACUCAUUUCAUAUGCUAUCGGAUGUCAUAGCGCUGGUUGUGGCUUUGGUAGCGGUGCGCUUCGCUGAGAAGACGCAAUCGACAAAUAAAAACACGUUCGGAUGGAUCCGGGCGGAGGUGAUGGGUGCUCUCGUAAACGCAGUGUUCCUCACAGCUCUCUGUUUCACCAUUAUCUUGGAGGCCGUCGAGCGGUUCACCAACCCACAUGAAAUCGAGAAACCCCAUGUAGUAAUCGGUGUGGGGGCCGCCGGGCUCCUGGUCAACCUCCUCGGGCUGUGCUUGUUCCACGGACACGCAGGUGGUGGACACGGGCACUCUCACGGAGGAGGCCAUUCUCAUGGAAAUAAGAAAAACAAGAGGGGUAAAAUAUGCAAGUCAGAAAGACCGAAUGGAUCAUCAGGAGAGGAGUCCAACAACCUGGUGGGAAGCCACAACAGCCCCCCUAAUGGCGUGGACACUGAGAGACGUAGACAUGAGAUUGUUCGCAACGACGGUGAGGUACAUAUGAACGGCAGCGCCACCUACGAGGACAUGGACCACAGCCACGAUGAGGGUUCACUCAACAUGCGCGGCGUCUUCCUGCAUGUGCUGGGCGAUGCCCUGGGCUCGGUCAUCGUGGUGGUCAACGCCCUUAUCUUCACCUUUGUGUGGCGGCCGUGCCCGCCUGGCGAGAGCUGCUUCAACCCAUGCCACUCGACAGACCACCCGCACGUUAACCACUCCCUGGUGGACCUGUCCAUGGAUGGCAACGGUUCUAGCUUUCAGCGGACCAUGGUGGGGCCAUGCUGGGUGCUCUACCUUGACCCCACGCUGUGCAUCAUCAUGGUGGGUAUCCUGCUCUACACCACCUACCCACUGCUCAAGGAGUCUGCGCUGAUCCUCCUGCAGACGGUGCCCAAACAGAUCGACAUGCACCGCCUCAACGAGCGGCUGCUCUCACUGGACGGUGUGCUUGCCAUUCAUGAGCUGCACAUCUGGCAGCUGGCGGGUUCGCGCAUCAUCGCCACGGCGCACAUCAAGUGCCACGACCCCACAUCCUACAUGGACGUGGCCAAGCGCAUCAAGGACUUCUUCCACGACGAGGGCAUCCACGCCACCACCAUCCAGCCCGAGUUUGUCACGGUCAAUUCCGAGUCAAGUGCCUCUCUCUGCGAGCUCUCCUGCCGGACUCAGUGUGCGCCCAAGUUGUGCUGUGGCGCUGCAGACAAGCAGGGUGUUGCUGGCACUGGUCCGGCAGGCGAGGGGAAGGUGCUGGCGGCCUCUGCAAUGGAGGUGAUCAGCGAGACCCCAGAGGGAGCAGCCGGAGCUUCAGUUCUAGAGCAGGCGGCUGCUGCAGUCGUCCAGGUGGUCCCCCGGACCCCGGAGCCCGAGGUCAUCAUCACCCGAGAGGUGGAAUCUUCUCUGUGAGACAGACCGGACACAGUCGGAGGAAGGAUAGAAUCACUACUAAAGUUUUUAAAAAGUGCCAGCCAAAAUUGACAGUGGGUUGUCGUGUGUACAGCGCGCUCUGAUUCUGGAAACACUGGUAGGAAAAUGGCUCCACUACCACAGACUUGUUCGAAGACACCCUUUGUCCCAGCCCUCCCACUGCCUACCCCCCCCCCUUCACUGCCAACCCCUCGCCACCUCCUCACCUCUGACCUCCGCAACCGCCAGGGCCACAGCCUGGUCUGGCCUGCUGCAUUGUGUAUCCUUCCCCACAUUAGCGCCGGGUUGUGAUGUGUCACCGUCGUCCCAUCCCUCCACGGUGUCUCUGUGCCAAAGCGUCUCAAUAAAGGACAGAAUGGAGACUCCCCUCCAGCAAGUACCAUGAGCCAACACGACACCUGCAAGGCCAAGCACACCUGUCUACUCCGCAGGUCUUUUUGUUGAUCUAUGGACCUUUUCAUUUAUGCAUUCUUUUUUUAUUUUUUUGGUAUAGGCUUUGAACAUCAAUUUUCUUAGCCUUGGCCCCACAAUAGAAAAUUGUUAUUACAAUUUUAUUUUAUUUAAGUUAUUAGUAAUGAUCUAUAAUUUUCUCUGUAGAUGCAUUUAUAAUAUUUCGUUUGGAUGGUAGAUUUAAUUUGUGAAAUUUUUCUGAAUAUUUGACGAACCACCUAUGCUGUAGACUUGUUUUUGAAAAUAUGUUUUUUUUAAAUGAAUUUUUCUCAGACUUUUAUUCUGGCCGUGACUCUGUUUUAAUGGCAGUUGUUAGUUGAAGGCAGACGCUGUGUAUAAAAACCUCACCACGCCUAUAAUUCAAAUGCUUUGAAAUAGCACUGAGUACUGUUCGCGUAAGUACUGUAGGCUAUCUUGUAUCAGCAAACUUCAGCAACCGUUUUAUUCAACAACAACAAAAUCGGAUGCCUUGCAAGCCUGAGGGUCUAUCACUGAAGAAAAUGUGCACUACAAAAUGCCAAACAAUGUUCUGUUUUAAAUCUCUGCUGGAGAGCCAUCGGAUGGGUUGUUGAAAUUCAUACUAAUAUUCCUCAUGAAUGUGUUGGGGAAGGGACCUAGUCAAAAUCCAUCCUGAAUGUUUUUACAGUGUCCAGAGUGUUUCUGCUGCAACUUUGCAUAACCAAACUGAAGUGUGUUAUUUCAGCCACAGAGCUUCAGAACGAGCUAACACUGCUACAAAACAGUAGCCCACUUCCUUGUUUUCUCAGAUAGCGAGAAUAACUUUAUAGAUUAAAUGAAAUGUCACUGAAUCUUUUCCCUUCUUUCUAGUGAAUGGAUUUGUGAGGCUUUAUGUGCCGAUGUAGAGUCAUCUUAGUGGCCUUUUUAAAUGGGAAAUCUGAUGGAAGGAAAUUCCCUCAUUCAUUAUUAUCAACACAAAGAUAUCAUUUAUAUGUUGAUUCAAGGAUGCAUUUCAGAUUUCCACUCAAAGUAAAUGUGAAUGCAAUAUAGAAUAAUUGUAUUGGGAAAUGUAUUUUGACACGUUCCUUUGUUUUUUAAAAGGUCUUGUUACUUUUAUUGUCUUUUGAGACUCCAGCCCUCUGUGCAAAUUGAGGUAUGUGUCAUUUGUUUUUUCGGAUUUUAAAUAUGACAUGUCUGCCAAUGUGUUUUUGAUAUAUUACAGUACCCGUCAAUGUGUCAUUGUGAACAUUUUAAAAUGGCUGUUUGGUACAGAUGUCAAACUGUUGUUUUGUAUAAUUUUUUAAAAAUGUGUUUUUAGAUGUGGUUUCUUUGGACAUUAGGUCUACCCUUGAUCUCGCUCCCAGAAACUUCCGCCCAAAUGUGUGUCAAACUUGGCAUUCGUUAGCCAAUACAGAAAUAUUGGGAGAAACUCCCAGUGCAUAGGCAUUGCUUAAUCGACCAACCAAUCAUCUCCCACAACACCUUCCCUGUAUGCUAGCAUGCCACAAUCUUCUGAGUCGCUAAAAUAAAAUAAUGACAAGUAAGGUCACUCCCAAAGAAUUCUAUGGUCGAUCCCACUAAGGCCGACUUUGAAUUGUUUAUGGAAGGCGAUGCAUUAAUCUGAAAUGGGUCUUCUGCAUUUAACCCAGCCCUUCUGAGUCAUAAAGGUGUGGAGGGUUGCCUUAAUCGACAUCCACUUCAUCGGUGCCAGCCUUACUGUUUAUGUAUCAGACGUGCACAAUAGCCUGGGGAAGAGGUUAGUUCUACCCUUAAGGAGCGACUCCCCCUAAAAAGCAACUUCUCCUUUUGAAAACGGCCUAUGUGGCAUCGUUGAGUCGGAAACAUUUAUUGUAGUGUCAAUUUGGUUUGACGUUCAAUAUCCCUAUGGGGCUAGUUAGGGACAAUUGGUAAAUGACACAAUGUACACGGGCUAUCCAAUGUCAAACCAACUUUGCCAUGGUCGCACUCCAGCCGGCUGAAGCUAAUUGGCAAGUUUGUCUAGCUCUAGCCUAGGCGAUGUCAAGACACAAGACCUGGUUAGACUGAAGUUAUCUGGAAGUGUGAGUGACUGUAACUGUGUACUGUUUUGUCUGAGUGAAUAUAGAAAUGCUUGCCACGUGCACACACACACACACACAAGACGCCCACAUCAACCCCUCCCCCCAAUACAACUCUCGUUUGGCUUUAGUCAUGGCCGCUACAUUUCUUGAUGACCAAGGUGAAAAAACUAGGCCAAAUCAGGAAGUUGAGCCACUAUUUAGUACAUUCAAACUCAUUGAACAUCUGCGUUGAUAAUAAUCCAUCAGACUUGUCUAGAAGGUAAUGUCAACAGGAGAUAUUUCACAAUGAAUGGUUAAAUAGCACCACUGGAUCGCCAUAAUGCUUGAAAUGCCAUCUACGUUCAUAGUGACUCUACAGUACAUUUGAAAAGGAACCUACUUUUGAAAGUGAAUCUACAGUGGGAACAAACGUCAUUGGUUCAGAGUUGACCGAGCGGUAGUUCGCAGCCAGACAGGGCAGUAAGCCAUUAGCCCUUGGCCUAGCUCUGUAGCCUAGUGAAAAGCCCUCAGCCAGAAGGCCUUACACACAGCCACAGCCACACUGCUCUAGUCAUUUACACGGCAUCCCAGCGUCUUGCCCCGCUCUCCUCUCUAUUUCUUCCCUCGUUACCUAGCCUGUUUAAACGAGACUGAAUGCUGCCCUCACCAUUGUUUGACUUCACUUACAUUUGGGUGCCAGGCUACAGCCCAUAGUUGUAAAGAAAAUCAUAGUGCUUUUCUAAGGGUGCAGAGAGGUGGGGGGUUGGCAUGUGGUAGGUCCCCAUUGUCUGUGUUCAUGAAAAGUUUUUUUUUUGUUGCACCUUUACAAUGGGGUAUUGUAUGCAUUGAAAUAGAAUCUCUAGAAAGACUGUAAUUUGACAGAACCCUUUGUCGGAACAUUGACUUGAAUGGGGAUACCGGUUCUAUAGAUUCUCUUUCUAUGAUUGUAUGUUAACUUUGGCCAUCAGUAUAGGUGAAAGCUUACUUAGCAUUAAUGCUGCUGACUUUCUGGUUUAAUCUGUUCAAACAGCUUUCGGAGGAUGGUUCCCUGAUCUCCUUUUGAAUACCUAUAGUUACCUAUUGACUAGGCUACCUAUUAGUUUAGCUUUUGUUGCAUAUAUUGACGAUGUAGCCUGUGCUGGCAAGGAUGAAUCCUUUUAGCUUCAGCUUGACCGUUUCUAACCCCUGUGAACUUCGGUCCACUUGCUCUAGCCUUUUUUUAGAGUAUUCAAUUCAGCCCUGGAUGAUGCCUCCUGUGUUCCCCCCUCACCCCUCCCUAAACCCCCUUUUCCACCAACCCUCACCACACCCACCCCUCACCCAACCUAGCUGUAAAUCCAGUGAACAAAGCCAGUGAGACAGAUGGUGUACUCUGGUCAUCCACGGACACAAUGACCAGUCCUCCCAUCCUCUCCCCAUAGACCGCUGGGUGGAGCGACCCAGUGAGGCAGUGCCCAGUGGUCAUCAGUGCAGCGGACAGUGGUGGAAAAAGUACAAAGUUGCCAUACUUGAGUAAGAGUAAAGAUACCUAAUAGAAAAUGACUCAAGUAAAAGUGAAAGUCUUUGGUUUUAAAUAUACAUAAGAAUCAAAAGUAAAUGUAAUUGCUAAAAUACACAAGUAUCAAAAUUAAAAGUAUAAAUCAUUUGAAAUUCCGUACAUUAAGCAAAUCAGACUCCCAGAUUUUCAUGUUCUUUUAAUUUACACAUAGCCAGUGGCACGCUCCAACACUUAGACAUACUUUACAGAUGAAGCAUUUGUGUUUAGUGAGUCUGCCAGAUCAGAAACAGUAGGGGUGACCAGGGAUGUUCUCUUGAUAAGUGUGUGAAUUAGAACAUUUUCGUGUCCAAAUGUAACGAGUACUGUUGGGUGUCAAAAUUACAUUUAAUUUUCUUUAGGAAUCUGGUGAAGUAAAAGUUCUCAAAUAAUGAUAAAGUACAGAUACCCCCAAAAACUACUUAAGUAGUACUUUUAAAGUUUUUAUUUUUAAAGUAGUACUUUUAAAGUACUUUACACCACUGGUAGCAGGUCUCCAUUGUUGUUCCAGAGAGCUAGCUGUCAUCACUGUCCCCUAACCCCUAGUCUUACGUAGCCAAAACCUCCAAAUCAUGUUGUUGUCACGCCUACUUUGGAGGUCUGGAGAAUUUUGUAUUAGUCAAAACAGCUUGAAUGGUCCGCUGGCAUCCAGUGGCUACAUUUUUAUUGGCUGUUACAUUUCAAGAACUCUCCCCACAUCCAGCCAAGACAAAUGUGGGAAGCAUCGGAGUCCACAUGGACCAACAUUCCUGUAGAACACUUUCGACACCUUGUAGAGUCCAUGCCCCAAUGAAUUGAGGUUGUUCCUAUAAAUAGAUUUAAUCUAACUAUUAUUUAAUGACUUCCUGUAUUUGUAAUAAUAAUAUCCACAGUGUGAACCCUUGGUGUAUGACACUGUGUCUGGGUGAGGGAUCGGGUGAGAUUGUCUGCAGCAAGUCGGAGUGAUGAUUGUCAGUUUGAAUGUGGGAUGCUUGGGAAUGAGGAUGUACCAUUGAAUGUUCUAGAAUGUCAGUGAUAUUGUCUAGCUAGUAAGAAUAGUCUGUGUUGGGAAUGAUCUUGGCUGGGAGGAUAUAGAGUGAAAGAUGGGUAGAGAUAAAAGCCUAGUGGGAAACUCGAUUUCAUUUAGGCAGGUCAACACCAAAGGAUUAUGAAGAAAAAAUAACUGCCCCAUUAAAUUGGAUUAUAUCACAAUGCAA